AUGACUCUUGAUCUGGAGAAGCAAGCUGCCCAAGUCGAGGAAAGCACCGCCAGCAGCACCUCUGAUAAGGAAGGCGUGAUCGUUGCCCGCGAGACCGCCACACCAUCUGCCCCGCAUGUCCCAGUCCCCAGCAAACUGCGAGCGUUGAAUAACAGAAUCGAAAAUCUUGCCGGUCUCGAAGCUCGUGGGAUCACGCGCGUACUGCCAGAAGAGCGACAUGGAAUCUCCCCAAUGCGAUACGCCCAGAUGGCUAUCAUCUGGUACAGUGCAAACAUCAGCGCCAACAACCUCGCGGUUGGACUGCUAGGACCUCUGCUGUUCAAUCUGGGUUUCGUGGACAGCGCCAUGAUGGCAGUUUGGGGGUGCCUUCUUGGGUCUGCCGUCACCGCUUAUAUGAGCACUUGGGGCGCGCAAAGUGGCAACAGAACCAUGAUUGUCGUCAGAUAUUUCAUGGGUUACUGGCCUGCGAAGCUCACCACUGUGCUGAACAUGAUAUUGAUGGUUGGAUACGCCGUCAUCUCCACCAUCAUCUCCGGCCAGAUUCUGUCCGCAGUCAGUGAUGGUAGUAUGAGCAUCGUCGUUGGGAUUGUCAUCACAGCCCUCAUCAGUUGGCUUGUCGCAGUCUUUGGAAUGUCAAUUUUCCAUACAUACGAGAGAUAUGCAUGGAUUCCUCAAACCAUCGUCCUCCUGAUUCUCUGUGGUGUCGCAGGGAAGAAUUUCAAUACCGGCAGCGUCUCCAUCAUACCCGAUGGUGCUCCCUCAGCCGCUAUAACAGCCGACCGCCUCUCCUUCUUCUCCCUGCAAUUGUCGGUCCCCCUCUCCUGGGCGGGCGCAGGCUCAGAUUUCUAUGUCUACUAUCCUGAAUCCACCUCCAAGCGCUUGACCUUUCUCAUGACUCUCACCGGUCUCUGGAUCUCCUUCAUCUUCGUCAAUCUUAUCGGCAUCGGCCUCGGCGCUGGGACCUUCACCAAUACUAAGUGGAACGAUGCCUAUGGUAUCUCCUCUGGCGCGUUGAUCCUAGAGGGUUUCGCACCUCUUCACGGUUUCGGUAAAUUCUGCGGCGUGGUCGUCGCUCUCGGCGUCAUUAGCAACAAUGUUCCUGGCACUUAUGCUGCAGCAUUGAAUUGCCAGGUACUUGGCCGCUUCGGCAAAAUGGUUCCCCGUUGGCUUUGGGUGUGCGUUAUCGUGCUCAUCUACUUCGUCUGCGCCAUUGCCGGGCGAGAUCAUUUGUUCGCCAUCUUCCAGAAUUUCCUUGCCCUAAUGGGAUACUGGCUUGUCAUUCUUGUGACGAUUGUCGUUGAGGAAACACUCAUCUUCCGUCGUAGCAGAGGGUUUGACUGGACGAAAUGGGAAGAUCAGAAAUACCUUCCUGUCGGUGCUGCUGCAUUGCUCUCAUUCCUCAUCGGUUGGGCGGGUGCCAUCAUUGGGAUGUACCAGGUCUGGUAUGUCGGGCCUGUAGCUCAGCAGGCUGGAGACGGGUAUGGAGCGGAUAUUGGCAUUUGGUUGGCCCUCGGAUUCACGCUUGUUGUGUUUCCUCCGUUGAGGUUUCUUGAAUUGAAGACUAUUGGGAGGUAA